CGAGCAUGUGGUUUGUAACAGUUUCGUCAUCUCCAAGCAUGUGGGUUUCAGUAUCAAGUUGAUAGUAGAUACCAAUCGCAACUUCCGAAGAUUUCCUCCUUGAUAAAACUGAUUCUGGUUGGAUUCCAGUUGUUUUUUCCCACGUACUAUCUUCCUUGUCAUUGGAGAAUGUUGUGUCGAUGAUCCGUACGGUGUGUGCUCAUCCUGCGUGAUAUGCCUGUGGGAGCGGGAAAGAAGGCGCUAUUGGCGUCGUUGGGUCUGCUGGCCAGUACAGGCACCGCGGCAGCCAUCGCCAGUAUUUGGAAGAAUGACGACGUGGUGGCACAGUGCGCGCAACCCGUGGAAGUGGCCAAUGCCUCCACAAAUUUCGUCCAUCUGUAUCCUGGUCCGCCACCCGGAGCGAUCCCCUGUGAUGGGCCUGGGCCCAGUUCCUGUGGCCGAUGGGAUCAGAACUGGGACAGACGUGAGCCAGCCAAUCUGAUACGGCCAAAAGCCAAGCCUGAUGCUCGGGAACCGGACUUAGCGGCGGCGACACCUAAAGCUACGCGGAAUUUAUUUUUCAUCCGACAUGGACAUUAUGUUGUGGAUGGGAUCUCAGAUGAAUGUCGUAUGCUCACAGAACUAGGCCGCGCACAAGCGCAGAACACGGGAAAACGUCUGCGUGACUUAAACUUUCCCUGGACAAAACUGAUCCACUCGAGCAUGUGCCGUGCUCGGGAAACUGCUCAAAUUAUUGCCUCAUCCUUGCCAGGAGUUGAGCUAGAGAGCACUGAUCUGAUCCGUGAGGGCGCUCCUAUUCCUCCCGAACCACCGGUGGCCAGCUGGCGACCGGGUGCUCAGCAGUACUUUGAGGACGGGGCGCGGAUAGAGGCGGCCUUCCGGCGUUUCAUUCAUCGCGCUGAUCCUGAUCAGGAGAAGGACAGUUAUGAGAUCAUCGUAUGCCAUGCCAACGUCAUUCGCUAUUUUGUCUGCAGAGCUCUGCAGUUACCUCCAGAAGCGUGGUUACGGAUGUCCCUACACCACUCCAGUAUAACGUGGCUGACCAUACGCCCUAAUGGACGGGUGAGCCUACGCACAUUCGGUGAUUCGGGACAUAUCCCACCCAACCAGCUGACGACUUCAUGAUAUGGGCGACUUGUUUACCCCUGGUGCAAACUGCCGAGUUUUACGCUAUUUGGACCUAAUAAUGCAUAUUUGUUAAGUUCUUAAUUACCUUAAGUGCCAUCGAGGAUUCUUUUUUGAUUUUAUGCGUGAUAAUAUUCAUGAUUUAAUCUGGGUGUUUUUCCUGGCUGAUGGGAUGUUUCUUCCAUCUGGGUUGGUAUUCUGAUCGGUUUUACUGUACUAAAUUUUUUUGCAAUCAGGAGCAGAAUGGAUAACGUUUGAGAAAUAAUAUUUUAUCAAUUUUAACCACCGGAUUUUGCAGAGAACCAACGUAAUCCAACAAAACAAAAAACUGCUUUUAAUACAAUUAAAAAAUGAUUAGAAAAACGAA